AUGGGUAAAAAAGUAAAGAAGGAAGUAGAGCCUCCACCCAAGGAUGUGUUUGAUCCUUUAUUGAUUGAAAGCAAAACAGCAGCGACGGUUGUGCUGAUGCUUAGCUCUCCUGAAGAGGAAGUUUUGGCCAAAGCAUGUGAUGGUCUAUAUAAAUUUGCAUCAAAAGGUGAUGAGAACAAAGUCACACUUCUUGGUCUUGGAGCAGUGGAACAUCUCUAUAAACUCAUCUUACAUGAAAAUCCAACUGUACGCAGAAAUGCCAUCAUGACAUUUGGUAUCAUGGCUUCUAAUCAUGACGUCAAGAAGUUACUGAGGGAACUGAAUGUCACAAAUUCACUUAUAUCACAGCUGGCGCCGGAAGAAGAUGUAGUUAUCCAUGAAUUUGCUACUCUGUGUCUAGCACAUAUGGCUGUUGAAUAUACUACUAAAGUACAAAUAUUUGAGCAAGGUGGACUAGAACCACUUAUCAGACUGCUAGGUAGCCCUGAUCCUGAUGUUAAGAAGAAUUCAGUUGAAUGUAUCUACCUCCUGGUGCAGGAUUUUCAAAGCUGUGCUGCAGUUCGUGCACUGAAUGUAAUUCCACCCUUGCUGGAGCUACUGAAAUCUGAAUACCCAGUUAUUCAGUUGUUAGCCCUUAAAACCUUAGAAGUAAUUAGCAAAGACAGAGAAACCAGGAUAAUACUGGGAGAAAAUGAAGGAUUAGAUUGUCUUCUGAAGAUACUGGAAACCAAUGAAUUCAGCGAUCUACACGUGGAAGCUCUUGCUGUGUUGGGAAAUUGCCUGGAAGAUGUGCAUACUCUGCAGCUGAUUCAGCAGACAGGAGGCCUUAAAAAGCUACUUGCAUGUGUAGGAGUCUCUACUGUUCCCGAUAUUCAGAAGAAUGCAGCAAAGGCAAUUACCAAAGCGGCUUAUGACUCUGAAAAUAGAAAAAUUUUAAAUGAGGAAGAGGUUGAGAAGUGUCUCAUAAGCCUUUUGGAAGUUGAUAAUGAUGAAGUUAAAGUUGCCGCUUCCCGAGCAAUUUCUGCCAUGUGUGAGAAUUUAGCUAGCAAACGUGUGUUUGGACUGCAGGGGAUUUCCCAGCUAGUGCAGUUGCUAAGCAGUGACAAUGAAGAGGUAAAAGAAGCUGCAGUGACAGCAUUAGUUUAUUUGACGGCAGACAGUCCUAGUAAUGCAAGUGCUGUUUCUGAGGCUGAAGGAAUUGAGCCAUUAGUAAAUACCUUGAGUGCUCAGAGAGAUGGGGCCAUUGCUAAUGCUGCCACAGUGCUAACAAAUCUGGCUGUGCAAGAGCCAUUCCGCAUAAAUAUCCAGAGCCGUGGUAUUAUGAGUGCACUUGCAGAACCGUUGCGCUCGACCAACAGCCAAGUGCAAAGCAAAGCAGCAUUUGCUGUGGCUGUGUUUGGUUGUGACGCUGAUGCAACAACUGAGUUAAGAAAUGCAGGUGGACUGGGACCACUCGUUAAAUUGCUGCAUUCUAAGAAUGAAGGAGUCAGAAGAAAUGCCUGUUUGGCUGUUACGGUCUGUGCAAGUGACGAACUAACCGCUGUUGAACUCUGCAGGCUAGGUGCUUUAGACAUCCUAGAAGAAAUAAAUUUAUCAACAGGACACAAAAACAAAGUCAGUGAAGCUGCUCUGGAAAAGCUACUUGACAACAAUCUUCCCCAAAAGUACAGCCAGAUGGGAUAUUUAUCAUCAAGUAACAUCAUUACUGAUGGAUUCUAUGAUUGUGGUCAGAUAAAACCUGGAGUGAAAUUGUUAUCUUUGGAGGAACUGAGUAUGCAAGAGCUUACUGACCGUCGGGCCAUAAUCUUCAUUAAUGCCAAACCACGAGAAGAUGUCCUUGCAGUAGAGGAAAAGGCACAAGAUUCAUCUUCUGAACAGACUAUCAUGUCACCUAUUUCAAGAAAAAGCAGUAGAGAAAAAGCAAGAAAAGGGAAGGGGAAAAAAGAAGAGGAAAAAAUGAAGGAAGUUACUCAGAUUGUAUCUAAAGUCCAGGAUGAAAUAAAUCUAGAAAAUUCACACUGGCUACCACCACCUGACUUCAUUUUACUGGAUUAUAUUAAUGAUGCUUCCAGAACAAUUCUACCACUAACUACUACCCGGGAACAGGUUGUGGCUCUUGCACAGUUUGUUGCAGAUAAGAUGGGUGGCCCGAUUGGAAGAGACAAACUACAUGACUUCAGCUGGGAACUUCACAUAAGUGAAAUAGAAUUUGAACUGAAAUGCAACGUUGUGCCUAUCGGGAAAGUCAAAAAAGGGACAUUCUGUCACAGGGCUUUGCUUUUCAAGGUGAUAGCAGACAGAAUUGGCAUUGGCUGUAGUUUAGUUCGUGGCGAGUAUAACAGAGCUUGGAACGAAGUUAAAUUGGUUGAUGACUCUCCUCAAGGAAUAGCUGGGCUUCUACUUCCUCCUCAAGAGUUUAUUGUAGACCUAAUGUUUGAGCCAGGCCUUUUGAUAAAACAGGGAAGUGCAAAGGCAGAUCAGUACAAACAUGUCUACUUUGGCAAGAUUUGUCAAGAUGGUUAA